CUGGACCCCCUGCCCGCACUGCAGGGGGAGGUGGGCGCGGAGCAGAAGCGGGGUGAGGGGCUUGCAACCUCCCCGGGAUCAGCAGUACUGGACUGGCGGCGUCCGGAGACGCUGGAAAAGCGCGUUUUCUACCUUGGAAAAGGAACCAGCUGUUCGAUCCCAAGCGAAACAUCUGGCGUUACCAGCUACUCAGUGGAUUUCCCUCCCAAAAUAUUAUCUCCAGCUCCUGAUUCUUUCUAGCCCUCCAUCACCCCUUUUCUAGAUCGAUCUAGAUCUUUUCUAGAUCUAUCUAUCCCCAUACACACACCCCUCUCUAUCUAUCCCCAUCCACCCCAUCUAUCUAUCCCCAUUCGCCCAUCUAUCUAGCUAUCUAUCCCCAUACACCCCCCCAUCUAUCCACAUCCAUCCUAUAUAAUCUCUGCCCCCCCCCCAUUUCUCCAGGAGCAAGUUUCUUUCUCAAAACAUACUCCAGAGCCAAAGGGUUAAACGUCCAGUCUGCAGCCCCCUCGCCCCAACCGCUGGAUGUGACUCGGGAGCUCUUCAGAAAGAAGGGAGGCAAGGACGCCUUAAAAAGUCCUGGGACUCUCAGGACAGCUCAAAUGCCGAGAGGAAGAGGAGAGGAGAUCUUCUGAAGAAGUAAAGCAAGGAGCCUCCACCUCAAAGGAAGGAACUGAGGCAGGAUGGGAUCUGUUUAUGGAGGCUGGAUAAGCAGGCUUUGCGUGCCUGGACUGGCCCUGGCUCUGGCCCUGCUGACGGCCCAGCUUUGCCAAGGCAGCAGGAAGGUCCCUCAGCGGACAUCUCGGCAGGUGCCCGAGGAGGACGAAGCUGAAAACCAAGUGGCGGGUGCCUGGAGCAGCUGGGGCCCAUGGUCAUCCUGCUCCCAGCCCUGUGGGGUGGGGGUCUUGGAAAGGGUCCGCACCUGCCUGCCUCCCUAUCAGCGAGCCCCCUGGGGGGGCCCUCAUGGCCCACACACGUAUGCCCAGCCCCUGUACCCAGAGGAACGGCGCGAUCCUUACCCGCCCCGGCCGUCCUACCCCCUUCACACUGAUGGGGAGUCGAGGGCGCCUCUCUCCCCACUGAGGCCUGCCCUCCCUCUCCACCGUGGCUCUGCCCUCCCCCUCCACAGCGGGUCUGCCCUCCCCCUCCACAGCGGCCCCAGCCACACCCGGGCAGCCCCCCCCACCGCCCGCUAUGGGCCCCAGAACAGGUACAUCCGCCACGAGUCCUUCCCCUCGGAGCAGCUGCCUUUGUCCCCGCUGCGAGACGCCUCCUCCCCGCACUCCAGCCGCAGGAGGGACCCAGCCCUUGCCCCCGGUGCCCCAAGGCAGGAAGAGGACCCGUCUGGCAAAGCAGGAGCCUCCAGCCGCGGCCUGGCCCACUCUUCGCAUCGGCUGCGCCACCCGGAUGCCCCCGCCACCUCCAGCCCAGAAAAACCCUUCAGACGCAGCAGCUCAGCACCGGCACGGCUGCCUGCCCAGGACUCACUCCCCCUCUUCAAACCUGAGCGGUGGGGCAGACACGAGGCGGGCGGUGCAGCCAGCAGCUCCCGACACGGUGCCCUCGGGUCCAAGUGGGUGGUAUCCCCGACUCAGGAGUCCCGCGCCGCCAGGAGGUCUCGAAUUCGAGAGUCGAUCAAACCGGGGAAAUAUGGCUACGGGAAGGUGCCCUUUGCACUGCCUCUACACAAGGAGGUGGCAGAGGGGGGCACGCCACGGUUCAAGAGACACCCAGGGCCCUCGAGCGACCAGACACUGCCGCCCACCAAGACUCCCAAGCGCAAGGCCAAGGAAGCCCCCAGCCGGGAGAAGGAGCUGCCGGCCAAGGGCGAGCACCAUCUGCAGCACAAGCAGAGGAAGGCCGUGUCGGCAGAGGACUCCGUGCAGCGCCGGCUCCAGGCUGGAGCGCUGGCAGAGAACAGGUCAGAGCUGGCAGGGCAUAGGGCGAGGCCCAGAAGUGGGGGCGAUGGGCCCGCUCCACACCGCCAGCCCCACACGGCCGAGCAGGGCAGUGCUGGGCCACUGAAGGCCAAAGCCACAGCCAAGCCCCACACAGGCUCUUUGGAGGACAAGGCGAGUCCUGGAGAGAAUUGGGAGCCAGCAGCAGCACCCCCAGAGCCACAAGGGGCCCGGCAUCACACCGCGGAGGGCACUCCCCAGCCGGGCCCCUCUCCCACGGAGCAGCCAUCCCUGUUUGUUGGCUGGGCUCUGGCAGGCACUGUAGGGCCCGGCAGGGGAGAGCCAAUGGCUCUGGAGGAGACGGGUUCGCAGGAGUCGCGCCCAAGGGCAGGAGCACCGGCACCCCUCAAGAGAGGGGAUGGAGAAGGGCCCGGGGAUGGCACAGGGGGCACCCAGCAGCCUUCUCGCCCUGGGAUGCCCGUGGGAGAGAGGGCCCCAAGCAGCAGCCGCGCUCCUCGGCCACGGGGGGAGCUGCGCCUCACGCACAAGGUGCUGAAGAACCACAGCUCCGCCCUGGAGACACAGCUGGUGCCCAAGGGACGUGGGGCAGGGGGUGGCCGCAAGGAGCCACCAGAACUCAGCCACCCCCAUUCACAUUCCCACCAUCGGGCCACAGGAGCACCAAAGCCCAGGCCUGAGGCCACGCACCUGACCCAGCCAGAGGGAGCAGGCCCUGCCGACCCCCCCACGCGCUCCCAUCCCCACCAGCUGGCCAGGCCCCGUGCUCAGAGACAGAACGAGUACCGCCCGGGCGGCUACGGCACCCGGGCCUCCCAGAGCCUCUUCGUGGAACAGCCCUCACCUCACUGGCUGGCAGAACCGGACAUCUGGCUUCUCCACCGCAGCAGCCCCGUCCAGUUCCAGGCCAGGGGGCAAAGGCCCAGGCUCGGCCUGCACCCAGGCCCCGAGGUGCCCCAGUGGAAUCUCUACCACCCCGGCACAGAGACCUUCCACUGCGAGGGGGACAGCAAGCAGUUCAAAGCUUGCAGGCAGGAGCCAUGCCCAGCCGACCAGCCCGACGCCCGAACCGUGCAGUGCGCUGCCUUCAACACCCAGGAGUUCAUGGGCCGCCUCUACCAGUGGGAGCCCUUCACGGACGUGCGGGGCUCCCAGCGCUGCGAGCUGAACUGCCGCCCAGUGGGGUUCCGGUUCUACGUCCGGCACACGGAGAAGGUGCAGGACGGCACACCGUGCGAGGCCGCCUCCCUCGACAUCUGCGUGGCUGGAGAGUGCUUGAGCCCCGGCUGCGACGGGAUCCUGGGGUCCAACCGGACGCUGGACAGCUGCGGGGUAUGUGGGGGCGACCAUUCCACCUGCAAGCUGGUGGUGGGCAACUUCAGCGACUCCAACGUGCCCAUCGGCUACCACAAAAUCUUCCAGAUCCCCCAGGGUGCCACCAGGAUCAACGUGACUGAGAUGACCCAGAGCCCAAACUACCUGGCCUUGAGGAGCCGCUCUGGGAAGUCGAUCAUCAAUGGGAACUGGGCAGUGGAUCCCCCCGGGCGCUACGAGGCAGGCGGCACCGUUUUCAUCUACACCCAACCGGGCCACGAGGAGCCCCGCGGGGGCGGAGAGUCGCUGACAGCCGAGGGGCCCACUACAGAACCCAUUGAUGUGUAUAUGAUCUUCCAGCAGGACAACCCCGGCGUUGCCUACCGCUUCUUCCUGGCGGGGGCCAGACCAGACAGCCCCGCCCGUGACCCUCCCAGCCACCGGCAGGGCGUCAGUGCCCUGACCAUGUUAUCACCAAGCGACCAGCUGGUGCCACCCACCUCUUACGAUCACCCCAUGGGGACCUGGCACCGGGCGCCGGCACCAGCCAGCCAGUCGAGCAGGACCCCUGGGACACUGCAGCGCAACGUCCGCGUCCCACCACUGCCACCCCCACCCGCCCCACCUCGGUCCCAGGCACACGAUGUCUAUUGGAAACGGGUGGGGAGCACCGACUGCUCUGCCUCCUGCGGGAAAGGGCUCUGGCAGCCCGUGUUCCGCUGCGCCGCCCGCCACUCCCAAGGGGAGGUUGAGGAGCAGCAAUGUGCCAGUGCCCCCAAACCGCCCGCGCUGGACGAAGCCUGCAACACCCAGCCCUGCCCGGCCUACUGGGACAUGGGCGAGUGGUCGGCCUGUAGCAAGUCCUGUGGGCCGGGCACCCAGCACCGCCAGGUCCUGUGCCGCCAGACCUACGCCAACCGCAGCACCAUGGUGCACCCGCAGCACUGCGGCCAGCUGGACAAGCCCAGCCCCACGCAGCCCUGCCAGCUCCGUGUCUGCAGCCACUGGGAGGUGCGCACCAACUGGAGCGCGUGCUCGGUUCUGUGUGGCCUGGGCCACCGGACCCGCCACAUCCGCUGCAUCAGUAACCAUGGUGACGUGCUGAGCGACGGCGAGUGCAACGGUAGCCACCGGCCCCCGGCCAACGAGGCCUGCGACAUGGGGCCCUGUGUGCGCAGCUGGUUCCACAGUGACUGGAGCAACACGUGUUCGGUGGAGUGUGGGACGGGGAUCCAGCGCCGCUCGGUGAUCUGUCUGUCCAGCUACGCCAACGGGCAGGUGGAGGAGACCUGCGCGGGCACCAAGCCAGCCGACAUGCGGGCCUGCAACAGCGGGCCCUGCCACCGCACCGUCAAGUGGUACACGGGGCCUUGGAGUGAGUGCUCGGCGGACUGUGGUACUGGCAUCCAGCGGCGGGACGUGAUCUGUGUCAGCAAGCUGGGCUCGGAGUUCAAUGUGACGGAGGCAUCGGAGUGUGCUCCCCUGGAGAAACCGCCCUCUCUGCAGCCCUGCACCGGCAGUGCCUGUGACGCUCGCUGGUUCUCCACCUCCUGGAGCGCGUGUUCCAAGUCAUGUGUAGGGGGAGUCCAGGUGAGGGAGGUGCAGUGCCUGACCCAGAACAAAACCUUCAGCAACCUUUGCCAGCCGGACCUCAAGCCCAUCAAGAAACGCUCCUGCAAUACCCAGCCCUGCACCCCCGACCUUGGCGAGAACUGCAGGGACAAGUACCACAACUGCCCUGUGGUGGUGCAGGCCCGGCUCUGCGUCUAUUCGUACUACAAGCUGGUGUGCUGCGCCUCCUGCACACGGGCCAUGGAGCGGAGCAAGGACAUGCAGAGCCGGUAGCGGCACCGGUCGGCCAGAGACAGGGGCUGGGCUCUCGCCCGCUCAUUGUGGGGCUGGGCAUGUUUCUUGGAGAGGACUCGGACGGACUUGGGCUGUGAAACCAACGCCCAGCCCUCACAGAUGCUCCUGGGACCCAGCUACUCAUCUCCUCCGAGGUGACCCAGCAGCAUUUGGGGAGGGGACAACCAGACUCUGCCCGCAGGGAUGAGGAAUGAGCAACCGGGACGGCUUUGAACAAGGAUCACGGCCAGGCCGCAUGUGUGGCUCGUCCCAGGGCCACAGAUCUUCCCUGUCACUGGAGAGGCCAGUUCGGCCCGCAGAUCUAGGGCCUGAUCCUGGGUGGGGAUGAGAGCGUGUCCACGCUCACUCCAGCGGGGGCAGUCCUGCCCAGGAUCAGGGUCCUUGUGAGUCACUGACCAAUUCUGCGUACGGGCCCAAUGGUGACAGGAAGGGGCGAUGCUGACUGUUCCCCAGGGCCGUGAUGCUGUAUGACUCUGCCACCGGCCCGGCUGCCCCCUCAACACAUGCUGAGCCUGGAAAGCCCGCCACCCCCCGACUACCGGAAGGAAUUGGUGCUUCCUGCUGGGAAACGCGACUCCUGUUGCUUCCGCGGAGCCUGACCCUCACACAACCUGUGUCCCACGGAGCUGCGAAGCCCAGCGCCAGCUGACCUCCUCGUAACGGUGCGAAGGGACCCGUGUGCUACGUGUCCCACCCCAGAGCCUGACCUGGGUCCCAUGUCUAAGCCGCUGAGCCCCUUCUUUGGGCAUGGAGGUGACGCAGCUCGGAGGUCAGGGAAGUGUGUGUGGGGGAGUCGCUUUCAGUCAAGCUCCUGGCAGACAAAAGUCACUGCCCUGAUUAGCACCUGACCAAAAACCAAACAGGCAGCAGGAACCUGAACUCCCCUCUCACCCCUAGGGGGCGCCUCUGCAUUGGGGAGCUUGCCCCGCACACCCAGCCCAACCGCUUCUACAGGUGCUGACGUGACCCCUGAGUGCGUGUCAAGCUCGCGCAAGUCCCCUCCAGUUGUUUCCCCAUCAGCUUCCUUCCCUGUCUCUGCUUUGUCUGAGGAACUUACAGAGCAAACCUCCUCCUGCGUAGAGCAUCCCCGCCCAGGCCACAGGGACAUCUGCAUGGGCCGGCUGGCUGUGUUGGGGAUAGCGUCUCUCCAUCACGUCUUUCUGCUUCUCUUGAGACCAACGGGAUUCUUGCUGUUAACUUCAUGGGGCUAUAGAUCAGGCCCUAGAUUUCCCAUCACUUUUGUUGUCCAUGUGUAAUCCCCACCUGCCCGCUCGAGCUAUGCAUAGGAUUUGAACCUGGGAUCUUCAGGAGAGAAAAAAAAAAAAAAAAA